GCAUCGGAUCGCCAUUUUAUGUGUUUGGCUCUGACAUUGGAACGGUGGUGUGUGGUGAUGCGGCGGAGUUGAAAGAGCUCUUGCCUCGUUCUCUGCAAAAUGUUGCCGAAAUACUUUUCGCGGGAUAUAAGAAAGUAACAACGGCGGGUCGCUUAAGUGCAAGUGCCGCGAGUUUCUUUUGGCGAAAUGGUGUAGUGAAAUUGUGAUCGUGAGUGUGUUUUCCUCGACAGUGCUAGAGCACACUACUUGUAUUUCGCUGUCAUCGACUACCGUCACCCCUGCCCUGCCAAUUGGAGAAAAUCCUCGCACUUGGCACCUGCCACGAAAGGCCUCUGGAUUCCUUCGCACUCCCUCGUCUACAAUGAGUUCGCGAAAUAUCCCCUCAGAUAAGCUAAAUCUACGUCUCAUCCUUGUCAGCGGAAAAACAAAAGAGUUCCUAUUUAGUCCAAGCGACUCUGCGGGGGACAUAGCGCAACAUGUGUUUGAAAACUGGCCCGAAGACUGGGUGGAAGAGGCAGUUGCUAAAGCAGAAAUCUUGCGGCUAAUUUACCAGGGGCGAUUUUUGCACAGCAAUGUUACGCUAGGUGCACUUGGGCUUCCUUUUGGAAAAACAUCGGUGAUGCAUCUUGUACCACGGGAAAACCUUCCAGAACCCAAUUCUCAAGGCAUUUUACCUACUGGCGAAUAUAUGCAUAUAAGACCUGAAGAAAUUGAAAGUGGCGACCAAUCGUAACGAAGAAUCAAAUUCCUAAAAUCCUACAUCAGAGACAAAAGAGUAAAGGUGGAGGAAGCAGUUGCUGCUCAGCUUCGUGUUGCAUACUUUAAACGUCGGCUGCCCUGUUUUUAUUUCUCCGAGGCGUUACUCUGCGAGCCGGCUCUGCACAGAGGUUGAGCCACGGUUUCUAAGGUUUCCUGCUGAUGCUAAAUCGCUAGUGGCAGAGCUCGCGGACACUAGCGGAGAGCGAUUCUAGUGCAAGUGAGAGACAAGAAAAGGUGUCAUUAUUAAUUCAAAAUCAAAAUUCCGAGGAUUCGCCACCACACCACUAAAUUCAGUCAGAGCCAAUCAUUUCCAAACUACCGCAGUUUAGCUCUCGACAUCCAGGAAAUACUCAAUUCUAAAAUGCUACUCCAGGGAUUCGCUCUCGAAUCUCCAAACUGACGAUUCGCUCUCUGAAUAAAAAUGCUCCGCGACUCGACCACUGCAAAAAAAACUACCACAGCAGCGUUAUUAUUAUUACGAUACAAUUAUGUAGGUGGAAAAUAAGCGAGGGUGCCUGUUUCAGUGCGAGUGUGUGCGCGCGAAUUCAAGAGUCUGAGACUAAGUUUAUGUUGUGAUAUGCAGGUAGCGAAUAUAUAUUAUAUACAUACUAUUAU